AUGAGCGAGCGCCAAACCUUCUUGCGUACAGACUCCACCAAUCACUAGUCAUAGUCAGAUCCAAGUUCCCAAUACGACAUGCUUUUCGAUGAGAAUUAAAAUCUUGAUUGUGAGAUGAAGGCCGUCAAUCUAUUCCCUAGUAAUAUCAAAUCACCAAGCGUGAUCAUGAAUACGACUUCUAUUAUCUAGUAAAACAUUCAUACACCGAAUUAAAAUCUAGCAAUAUCCUAGACACCAGUUUUUUAAAAGUCACAGUAAUUCUUGUAGUUAAAGGAAACUCUCAUUAAUAAGAUUAUUUAGAGGUCCCCGUGCAUAAACCCUAGGCAAUCUAAUAUUCUAUCUCAAAGCUAAUAAAAAGAUGGAAGCAUGCCAUUUUAGACAGGACAAUAAAAUAAGACUGAAAAUUUACUUUUUAUUGGUAUAAAAGACGACAAAUUCCGAUUAGCACCUGCAGAUUAAAGAACUCCUAAGAUUAUAAAUUCACCGAGAGUUAAAUUUCCUUUAUUAAGAGACGAGAACAAAUCUACUGAAAGGAUGAAAGAGCCUUUGGUGAAAGGAAUAAGUCUAAAUUCAUCAAACCUUUUGAAAAGAAGUUUUAACUAAUUCAUAUCAGAAAAGAGCGAAAAUCAACAAAAAGUUCAGUCAAUGAUUGUUUGCUAACGAAAUCUGUUCGGGGCGAACAUGUAAGAGUCACCAUUACGUAUUAAGUUUAUGAGAAACGAUCAAGCCUUCUUAGGCAAAUUUUCCAGCGGGACAACUCCUAAAUAAGAUAAGCCAUUAUUCUUACCGCAAAAAUAAAAUUAAAAUGAAAGCGAGAAUUACAGUUAAUUAUCAUUCCAAUCUUCACAAAACACUAAUCAAAAUUAGUUCCCCUAAAUUAUUCUCAAUAAUUAAAUUUCUCCUUCGAAAUCAAAGUUUCUGAGAAAUAUACCUAGUGUUCCCUCGUCCUAUGAGUGCUCAACGCAUAAAAACUAGAAUAUAACUUAGUCCAACUUUGAUCUCAAUUCUGGAAACAUGAGUAACCCAUUCAAAAUGGUGGCCGCUUAAUCAAGAUUAAGAAGAAUGUCUGAGUAUUCUAUAGAUGAAAAAGAAGUGCCUGAUACACCAAUGGUUGAAUAUCGUCAUUCAAGUUAUUUAAAUGAUACCUCAUAGAGGGAGAGUUUAUUGACUAAUUCUGACUUUAAUUUCAAGCCACCUUCUAGAUUCUAAGAAGAUUUCAACUAAAAGGGUAUUCUAGGGAAGGAUGGCUUCGAAAAAACAUGCUUUUUACAAGAAGUAUAUGCUCUUUCAGCACUGUCAGUGGGAUUCGAGAGCCCUCACAUUGUUAGAUACUACAGUGGAUGGAUUGAGGACCAAAAUCUCUAUAUUGUGAUGGAACUUUGCCAAGAAUCACUAAGGUCAUACUCCAAAAAAAGAAGGACACUUAAUGGUUAUUAAAUGGCCGAGUUAGAAAUAAAAUAAAUCAUGCGAGAUGUUUGUUUAGGGCUAAAUGAACUUCACAACAAAGGGAUUGUCCAUUUAGAUAUUAAGCCAGAAAACAUUUUAUUAAGCUAAAAUGGCACUUUUAAAAUAGGAGAUCUAGGAAUGGCUAGACUUCUAACUAAAAUAAUCGAAGAGCAUGAUAUUCCAGAGGGGGAUUGUAGAUAUUUAGCCAAAGAACUAUUAAAUGAGGAUCCUAACAUCCCUAUCCCAGACCUAACCAAGGCUGACAUUUUCGCCUUAGGCAUGAUUAUUUAUGAGUUAGUCGAGGGAGUGGAUUUAAUGAGAAACGGUGCACAAUGGCAUGAUUUAAGAGAGAACAAUAUUCAUUUUAAUGAAAGAGCAAAAUAGGAAUUUUCGAGUUAACUCCUUUCAGUCAUCGAAUAAAUGUUGAAUCCAAAUCCAGACCUUAGGCCUAGCCCGGGAAAGCUACUCUAGAGCUUUCUUCAAUCUCCUUAAGAGAUCGAAAUUAGCCUGAUCAAGCAGGAAAAUUAGAUCUUGAAGGAGAAAUUAUAGAAAAUUGAGGAAAGCUUAAGAUAGCAGGGAUUUCCUAAUGUGGAUUAACUUUUGUCGGCCUUAUAGUUUUAAGGCCAUAAAAGAUUGUAAUAAUCUAUGAUGAUAGAAUGA